AUGUCCGCAAGGUGGCUUUCGGUCGUCCUCUUGCUUGUCUUGCUCUCCACAGGACCGUCCAUGGGCCUCUCGGAUCCUCAAGCUCGUUUUCAGCUUCACCAGGGCGACGAAUGGACGGUGGAACUGUCUACGGAAUGGGACGUCCUGGGACCGUUCCCGAUCCACGCCCGAGAACAACACUUCCUCUCUCCCUCCUUCCCGCUGAAUCUCUCCCAGCCCAUCGACUUCCACAAGUCCUGGCCAUCGUCCUACGCCGACGGCGGCCUCGUAUCCUGGUCGACAGUCAACGCGACGGACUCGGCUUCCCCCGACCCCGGCAACCUCAAGGUCUCCUUCCCACACAUACGGUGGAGCGCCCUCCGCGCGACAGAGGGCUGGGCGGCGCUGCAGCACCACGCCGUGCUGCACACCACCCUCACCGUGCACGCCCCACAGCCUCUGUCAGAGUCCGAGUCGCAGCCCGAGCCCCAGGCCGUCCUGCCGAACCUCAUCGUCACCCUGACCCAGGGCGCGUUCUUCACCAUCCUCCCCGCGCACGAUGCCGGGUCCUCGUUAGACUCCGCCAUCGUGCCGGAGUGGUACUCCGGGAACAUCUACGCGAUGGAGCGCGCCCCGCCCAAAGCCGUCCGCUUCCCCGCGCCUCCAUCCGCGCGCGGAUCGACGACGUACGACGUGUUCGUCAGCGGGGACUACGAGAUCCGGCUUUUCGGCGACCCCACUGCGCGCGGCGAGGACACCCCGACGCUCGACAUCACCAUGACCGCGGCGCUCGAGCCGCCGGGGCCUGUGCCCGUCGUGCGCCAAGCCACGCACGACGUCGCGUGCGACUUUGUCGACGGGUUCGCGUUCGGCGACGCGCUCGGUGUCGGCCUGCGGAGCGUCGCGGGCUGGUGGACGGUCGACGCCGCCGCCGUCCCGCACGGCGUGCGCGCGCAGGGACUCGACGUCGCGCUCGUGCGGCCGCAGAUGACUAUUGCCCCGGGCCAGACGCGCAUCGUGCCCCUGCGCAUCGCGCAGGACCCGCGCGCGCCGUUCGCGGGCGAUUCGCUCACCGUCGAGCUCACGCUGGCGUCCGGGACGUCGAGGACGACGGUGUCCGCGACGCUGCCCAUCCGGCACCGCGCGCACGCGCUCGACGGACCCCGCGCGGGCACGGGCACGGCAUCGGAGGCCCUCGUGCAGGCGUCAUAUUUCUUCGCGGGCGCCGUGCCGACCGCGUUCAACGUGCUCUUGCCCCUGGAGCCGACGCCGAGAGGCGAGCGGCCGCGCCCGCCGGUCCUCGCGCUCCAUGGCGCGGGCGUCGAUGUUCUCGCUGAUUCUUUCUGGGCGGACGCGAUCCCGCGGCAGAACCUGAGCUGGGUGGUGAUGCCCGCCGGCCGCACGUCCUGGGGACUCGACUGGCACGGGCCCAGCGCGCAGGACGCGUGGCAGGCGGUGGACGCGCUUGGGGCGAUUCUCGCGCGCGCCGAGCGCUGGGGCGCGUGGCGACUCGCGCCGGACCCGCAGGUGCUCGUCCUCGGCCAUUCGAAUGGGGGCCAGGGCGCAUGGUACCUCGCCGCGCGCUUUCCGGACAGGGUCGUCGGAGCGGUCCCUGCUGCCGCGUACAUCAAGGCGCAGGCGUAUGUGCCGCUGACGCAGUCGAGGUCGGCGCACUUCAUCGACCCCUCGCUCCGUGCGCUCCUCGAGACGUCUUUCACGCCCGACGACAACGACCUCUUCAUGUCGAACCUCGUCGACACUCCCAUACUCGCAAUACACGGAGGCAGCGACGAGAACGUACCGACUUGGCACACCAGGGAGCUGGUCAGCACGCUCAAGACGUGGAACCCAGCCGCCAACAUAACCUACCACGAAGCUCCAGGCGAACCGCACUGGUACCCAUCCGUCUUCAAGAACGAGCAAGUCGCGGGGUUCCUGCGCUCGAUCCUGCAGCCCGAAGCGCAGCCGGAGCGGCGAUCCAGGUCGUUCACGCUCACUGUCGCCCUUCCGGCCGAGAGCGGACCCCUGCACGGCUGGAGGAUCCUGACCUUGGCCACACCGGGCAGACUCGCGCGGCUAACUGUCCAGGAGCAAGACGGUGCCGUGUCCGUCAGGACCUCCAACGUCGCCAGCUUCUCGUUCGACGUCGUGCGCGCGCGCGUGGCAUCCCUGAAGGUCGACGGGGCCGAGCUCCGCCUCCCUGAUUCCAGCCUAGAUGCCAAGGCGAUCCACGUAAAAAAGACCGCCGACGGAUGGGAGCCGCGCGCGCCUAGAGGCGCAGCGGCGCUACUCGCACCGCAGCCGUCCGGCCGCCUCGCCACGAUCCUGCAGUCUGCUGGCCCGCUCACCAUCGUCGUCCCCGCCCUCCACGCCUCCUCGCGCGCACUGUCCGUCGCGCACCGCCUCGCACACGACCUAGACGUGUACCAUAAGCUCGACGCCGAGAUCGUCGCGGACGGCGCGGCGCUGCAGCGCCUCGGCGCAGGCGAGCUGGGGCCGGGCAACGUCGUCGUCGUCGGCAUGGGCGGCAGUGGCGACGCGGCGGCAGAGGGGCGCUUUGCGCGGCAGGUCCUCGGGCUCGGGAAGACGGCCUUUGGGAUGGACGACGGGGCUAUGCUCACGUUGAGAGGACAGCGUCUGGACGAGCCCUCGCAAGGUGAAUCCGCUGGCACGCAGGGUCGCGUGAGCGGCGAGCGGCGCGAACUGACGCUCUUUUCCCUAGGCGCGAUCUUCUUACAUCCGCACCCGACGAAUUCCUCGGCCAGUAUGCUAUUCAUGAUCGGGAGCGACCUCUCGGGCCUCGAGAGGAUCGCGAGGCUGUUUCCUAUCCGCACUGGCAUCUCAUUGCCAGAUUGGCUGGUGAUCGAAGGCGAGGCGGACACGUCGGGGGCUGCAGGCGUACAGGCGGCAGGGCUAUGGGACGCAGAAUGGAGCUGGAAAGAGGUCGUCUCUUGGCACCAUUAA